GGGGCCGCCCAGUCUGCUGUGGGCCCUCCUUGCUGUGUCUACUCUGACACGGUGUCUUCCUGCCCCAGAGAGGGGAAGCAGAUUUGAGGACAUCUCCGUGACCAGACCAGAAUCCUGCCACCCCAGAUCCUUCCCCAGGAUGGACAUGGGGUCCAGCUCCCGGCCCCGCCUUGGACUAAACCUGAUGCUGCUCCUGCUGGCUUUGCCGCUUGGGAGCCGGGCCAGCACAGGCUGCUACGGGAUCCCCGGGACGCCAGGCCUACCAGGGGCCCCCGGGAAGGAUGGAUACGAUGGAUGGCCGGGGCCCAAGGGUGAGCCAGGAAUCCCAGCUAUCCCUGGAACACGAGGACCCAAGGGUCAGAAGGGAGAACCCGGCACACCUGGCUUUCCCGGGAAAAAUGGCCCCAUGGGGACCUCUGGGAUUCCAGGGGUUCCCGGGCUCAUAGGACCCCCAGGGGAGCCGGGCGAGGAGGGCAGAUACAAGCAGAAGCACCAGUCCGUGUUCACAGUCACACGGCAGACGGCCCAGUACCCCAGGCCCAACAGCCUGGUCAAGUUCAACACAGUCAUCACCAACCCGCAGGGGGAUUAUGACAUAAGCACCGGCAAGUUCACCUGCAAAGUCCCGGGGCUUUACUACUUCGUGUACCACACGUCACAGACGGCCAACCUGUGCGUGAACCUGUACCGGGGUGGUGCCAAGGUGACCACCUUCUGUGACCACAUGUCCAACAGCAAGCAGGUCAGCUCGGGCGGUGUGCUGUUGAGGCUGCCGGUGGGCGAACAGGUGUGGCUGGCCGUCAACGACUACAACGGGAUGGUGGGCACCGAAGGCUCGGACAGCGUCUUCUCUGGCUUCCUGCUCUUCCCUGACUAGGGCAGUCAGGCCCGCUCCAGCCCCAGGGCCGUCCCACCUCCCUCAGCUUCCCUGCAAGAACCGCUGUGCUUGGGCCACUCUCCCCACCUGAGGGACUCCUCCUCCAGGAAGCCCGCCCUGCCCCCUGCCCCACAUUCUCUCCCUCCUCUGAGCUCCUUCAGGAGUCACUGCUUUGAGACUUAACCAACACCUUCUAAUACUGUCAAUGGAUCCCCCCCCACACACAACACCAAGUCUCGGGAAACGCAAGGAGAUACAGAAAUAAAUAAAUAAAUAAAUUGAUAAAUAUGCACGGCUCAGGCUUCCCACUGCCAAGUUCUCGAAGAAGCGGGCCUCUUCAUCCUCAGCUUUGCAC